UUUUGUUGUUGUAUUCGUUUCUUUCUUCUUUAAUGGAAUGAUACAUAGCUCUCCUGCGCAUUCGAGAAAAAAAACACAAAUAACAAUUGAAUAAAUACACCUGCUAGUUGUGUAUUCAAUAGGGGCUUCAGUUUCAUGCUUGUAUUGUUUUCAUAUAUAUUUUUCUUCAAUGGGCUGCUUCCAUGUACACUAUAGACAAGAAAGGUAAUCCCAAAUUAUACAUGGGAGACUCAUUGGUGGAUCGAGGAACUAGAGAGAAUUUUAAUGUGCUAUUUGUUUUUCCCUCAGCUUGGAGCAGUGGCGCUUUCCGUGAAAGGAAUCUAUCUCAAGGUUAUAGUGGACCAUUAUGCACUAACAACAAAUUGGAAGAAUGUUCCCAUAUUGAGGAUAAGGUGGUGAUAAAUGAAACAAGAAUUACUCCGACAGUAAAUUAUGCUCAAGUUGGGGCAUCAUCGACAUCUGCAACUAAGCCACGUAUAAUAGGUUAUGAACAGUAUGCCUUAACAGCAUUUGUUGAUCAUUGUGCAAUGGAAAAAGGGAAAAUGUCUCCAAAGGCUGAACAAAUUGCUAAUCAGAAGAAUUUCAAUUGUAACUACAACCUGCCAGAUUUGCUUGUAUCUUCUAAAGGUAUGUUGCCAUUAUAUAUGCAGAGUCCUUCAGAUUGUUCGUUGAAAUAUAAAGGGCAAAUGCCUACGAAGCUUCCCAAAGCUGAAAGUACACAAGAUUUCUCCGAGUUAGAAGAUAACUAUAACUUAGAAAACUUAUUUGCAUACUUUUGUCGAACUGAAGAUGGACAUGGAUCAGUGAAUUUGCUGGGAGCUUCGAAUGUGCAUACGCUCUCUGAAUCAGAAGAUAACUAUGACUUGCAAGUUUUAUUUGAAGAGGAAGUGCCUCUGAAGCUUUCUGAAGCUGAAAGUAUAUGCCGUUUCUCCAAGUGAGAAGAUAAUUAUAACUUGGACACCUUAUCUGCGGAAUUUUGCUCAAAUAAUGACAGACAAACAUCAGAUAGUUUGCCAAGUGUUCUAACAAUCCAAACACUCUGAAUCAGAAGUUAGUUAUGACCUGCAUGUUUUAUUGGAAAAGUAAAUGCCAUUGGAAAAGUACACAUGAUCUUUCAAAGUCACAAGAUAAUUACAACUUGCAAAUUUUGUUUGAAAACAUUGAUGAUGGUGGAAAAGAAUUGUACAUGCUCCAUACUGCCGAAAGUACUCCUGAACUCCACAAGUCGGAAGAUGACUUAGAUAAAAAAAAAACUAUGCACAGCUGACAGCGCUACACUAGUAUCCAGAUUUCUCGUACAGGAUGAAAAUCAGCAGUCGUCUUACAAGGUAGACGAUCAAUGCACUUUGUCUGACUUAUUUGCCUCAUCAAAAAUUGUCGACAACUCGCUGUGGAUCUUUGAAGAAAAGGACAAUUCAUAUACAGUUGAUAGUGAAGAGAAACCGUCAAUGGAUUUCACGAAUCCUCUAACUUCUACUUAUAUAUGCAAUUCGAAUGAUGAUUUUAACUUGUCAGAACUGUUCUCUUCUACUCCAAAUGUUUCUCUGCCUCAUUUAGACUAUAAAUGUGAAGUGAGAGAUGAAGCUGAAAAGGAAAUCAUGUGUUCGAACAGUGUGGGUAAGCACUCUAUUGCCCCGGUUAUGGUGCAUGAUACAUUUCCGUGCAAUGGAAUGAAGCUGAUGCCUGGUGCAGAUAAAUACGAUGAAUUUCUGGAUAUCACUACUCAGUCUUAUCAGAUUGCUGGAAUAAACAAGCUAGUUGCUGAUA